CGCCGCCGCCGCGGCCCGGGCCGGGCCCUCAUCCCCCCCACCACCCCCCCCGCUCCGUGGCGGGGAGGGAGGCGGAGCGCGGACCCCGCCGCUCCUGAGAGGCCCUCACGGGUUACAUGGCGCCGUCGAUCGGGUGACCAGACCCCGGGGAAUGAACGCCUCGAGUCCUGGCUGCCGGUCACGGCGCGGGGGGGGAACGGCGAAACCGGUUUGGGGGCUGGAAAUCCGGAGGCGUUUUUCCUCCUCGCCUGAAACAGCCCUCGGGCUCGCCGAGGGGCGCGGCGGACGCGCCGCCGUCCCCUCUCCGGUGACACCGUUCUUAGCCGAGGCGUGCUCACCGCCCGGCCCCCGGCCCCAGGGCUCCCGCCGCUGCGGAAAAGCUUCCCUCCUCGCAAAGCCGACGAGGGGGGCGGCGGGUCGGGUGUCUGUCCCGGGGGCUCCUCUGCACCGACGCCGGCCCCCCCGCUUGGGAACCCAGCCGUAGUUCAGGCAUCAGUAGGCAGCGAAGAAUCCGCGUCAAAACUUGAGGCAAAAAAAACCCAAAACAAAACAGAAAAACAACCCACCAAAAAUCCUGCGUUUCUGUACUUGUACUGUUCACGGAAUUCCUGGGGAUUUUGACAUAGCAUAAGUGCAAACACCUGGUUUGGUGGAGGAUGUGUUUUGAGGCUUCGGAAGCCUGAGCGACAAGGUUAUGUUAGGUUAAGGCUUGGUUUCCGCUCGAUUUCAGGAAACAGUUGCUUAGGAAACUCACGGGGAUAAAUUGCAUAAAGCAACAAAAAGAAUGAAGAAAGUUCCAUCCAUGCUGAAAAAGCAUUGUUUAUCUUAGUCUGCAGGGUUGCGCAGUAUCAGUCAAGACUUAACAGUUCUGGAAAGCAGCAGAUAGUGCAAAAAAUUAACUAGGAAAGUAGCUAAUAGCAAGAUCUCUGCCUCCUUUUUUCCAAAAGGUUGUCGUCUCUCAGUGGAGAAAUGGUUUAAGAAAAAAAGACAAUAUUGAAGACUGAAUUCUCUGUUCCUUUAUUUCCAGAGCAAGCGAAAGGCAUUGUGGACAGCAGAAACUCCAUUCAGUCCUUAGAGCUGGACAAGCUCAACUUACAGUUAGUUUGGAAGUUCUGGUCUCUUAAUGGCAGAUCUUUUAAAAUGUUGCAACAGCAAAAUCUGUGUGUGUAACGAAGUAAGUACAGAGGAGAAUACGUCUAGAGAUAUUCCGAUCUCUCCGUCUGCCUUGUAAGCACAGCUCUCAGGUAAAGUUUGUUGAAGGCAGCAAUGGAACGAUUUGGAGUGAAGUCCGCUCCAUCACGUAACCGCUCGAAGACUGCUUUGUAUGUAACUCCUCAGGAUCGUGUAACUGAGUUUGGCAGUGAGCUGCACGAAGAUGGAGGAAAACUCUUCUGUACUUCCUGCAAUGUGGUUCUGAAUCACGUUCGCAAGUCUGCGAUCAAUGACCACCUCAAGUCUAAAACACACACAAAGCGAAAGGCAGAGUUUGAAGAACAGAAUGUCAGGAAGAAGCAAAGGACUCUGACUGCCUCCCUUCAGUGCAACAGUACUGCCCAGACAGAGAAAACCAGUGUCAUCCAGGACUUUGUGAAAAUGUGCCUGGAAGCUAAUAUUCCACUUGAGAAGGCUGAUCAUCCAUCUGUGCGAGCCUUCCUGUCCCGCUACGUCAAGAACGGCAGUUCGAUACCUAAGUCAGACCAGCUAAGGAAAGCAUACCUGCCUGACGGGUAUGACAAUGAGAACCAACUCAUCAAUACUGAAGACCGUUGAGAAGAAAACUGUUUUCAUCAUCGUUGUGAAGUUUUACAUAUUGAUGGUGUGGUUUAUUUUUAUAUUCAUGCAUAUAUACAGUGUUACAUAUUGGUUUUACAAGCUAUUUUGUAUUAUUGUAGAAAUGACAAUCUAUUUGUGAACUUAGUGGUAUGCCGCAGACUGUUGCUAACCCUGCUGUAGACUUCAGAGCUACAUUGACGUAGAACUCACGAUGAAUGUAGGGAACAUACCUGGCAUACACCUUAUCUGUGUUCAGUCCAGCUGUAACUGGCACUAAGAAAAAGGCACUUGGAUGGAGCACCUCACUUACCUAAACUGUGCAUCUAAAUAUACGAGGAAGAUGAUGCGAUAGGGAUUGUUAAUCAUGUCAGUGGAUUGCUUUGUCCAGUAUCCUGUCCAUGAGUGACCAAGAAGAAGUGCUGCACGUUUGAAAUGCAAGAAGCUGUAGAAUGGUUAGUUAAAAUAUAACUGCUCUGUUGGGGGAGGAUUAUUGCAAAUUCCUAUUCAAGUUCGGUUUACGUUCAAAAACAGGAAACAUUUUUCUUCUAGAAUACUCUCUUACCCUAUUUGGUGCAACUGUGGAUGUAUUCAUUAUCUAGCUUAAAUAGCCAGUCUCUUGUAUUGACCUCUGAACUCCACUAUUCUCAUAAAGCUAAGAGUUCUGCAGGUUUACCGUGCCCGCUUUCUUAAAAUCACUGUUUCAUCGUCUCGGUUUAACGUGUCCCCUUCAGUUUCAGUGCCAAUCUUUGAAAGUUGAGUAGACAAACCAGUAACUGAGUGUGGUUUGCAGUGCAGCUGCUGGCAAGUGAAACUUAUACUGGACCAAGAUCUUAGUAGAGAUGAUUAAUGCCUUUCUCUUACUAGCAGGACAAAGGAUGCUAAAUCUGAGUUGGGGGUGGGGGAGGCACUAAACUGUGGAGUUGAGAAAGCUUUUUUACAGUGCACAGGAGAAGAGGCUCCUCCAUCUUUCCCUGAAGGUCCUCUACAUCUCUGGCCUUGUCCUCAGCCUUUUAGUCAAAGGAGGUAAAGUGAUUAAAACAGUUUUCAAAAUAGUUACUGCAGUGGCUGUUUAAUACCUGUAAGCGCAAAUAGGAAAGCGUGUAUACUUUGAAGCUCUACUGGAAUUACAGACCUGGGCUGUAUUUCUUACUCUGUGCCAAGGCCACAUCUAUUGGACUGGCACAGUAAAACGGGAAAUUGAAGAAUUUCAAUAAUGUUACCCUCUCCCAAAUCUAGUAAACUAUUACUGAGCUAUUCCAAAUUACUAUGCCAAAUAGUCCGCUCGGUGUAAGUGCUGUAUAAAGUUUUUGAAUGCAAUGAGGGAGCACUGUGCAAAGUGUUGGAAUACGACCAACUCCUGCCUGCUCUAGAUUUCCUUGAGAUGCUCUGGGUUCAGGGAUGUGCUAAGCAUCUUCUAGCAGCACAGAAAUCCUCUGCUCAGUGGGUACAAUGGUGUAAGCAUGCUUUAACUCCCUCAGGUGGAGCCAGUUGUUCUGUCCAGCUUCCUUUCCCCCAUAGAGUUUCACAGUAUCUGUUUCUCAGUAUUUCUUUUAUUCCAGAUAUUUACAGCAAUACUUAGUAAUUGCUAAAAAGAGACAAAAUAACCUGCUUAUUUAGUUUCUGUAGCUAUUUCCCUAGCUAUUUCUAGAGCAGUCUCUUUUGCUGGAUUGAGAGAGACUUACAUACCUAGUAACAACUGGUUUUUGUGCAAUUAGCUUCUACAGAAAUGCACUUGUGUUACAUUAUAACCAUGUCUUGAAGCCUUCUGCUAUGAGACCUGUUUGAGUAAAUGGACAGAACUAAAAAGCAGAAGGCUGCCUAUCCAUGUGUACCAGUACACGGGUACUCAGUACACUGCUGCACCUUCGGUCCCUGUUGAAGCUAGCGGGACUCCAUGCAGUCAUAGCAAUCCUGUCAAUGAUACUGGUUGCUGGUUUAGAACUUCAGACAGAAAUAACAGUAGUAAUUUUUUACUCUAUUCUUAGAUAUCAAAAUAUGCCUUCCAAAAUAUCAUUUGCUAUUGCACAAGCUUGGGUUUAGCUUAACAUCAUGAACUGCCUUGGGCUAGAACUGUUUUAAAAAUCUUCUUAAGCCAAGUGAAAGGUACACUGCCAAUAGCCUUUUCUGUCCUGACAGUAAUUGAAAAUGUUCUUUUACAGCUGCUGCUUCAUUACAGUGAAACAACAUCCUUGCUUUAAUUUUUUUUUUUUUACCUUAUGAAUGCUAUCUUAGAAUUGAAGCAAAUAGAAAACAAUGGAGUAUUGAGAAAACAGGCUUCCAUUAAAUGAAGGCAUCUAGGGAAGACUGUAUGAUUAAAAGGUAUGAAUUUGGGCUAGUUAGCUCAGUUCCUGCUAACAUGGAAUUUCACAGGCUGCACCCCAUAACCAUUUUAUAUAGGAUUCAAUGCUGUAUGUUUUUCCCUUGACUGGCAAACUGACAGACAUUUUGAAAAGCUUAAUGGUAACAUUAAAUAGGCCCUUGCACAAAUGAAAAAAAAAAAUCAAGUUACUUUCACUUGUACAGUUUUACAUAAAAAUAAAAGUUAGCAACAUCAACAGCUUUUGUUUAAGAAGAAAACGAGUCAUUUUCAGUAAGGCAAAGCAAUAUUAGAACACUUAGUUUCUCAAAAGCUUACUCUACUUAUAAAGCAGUCUGUGUACUAUUUUCAGUAAUUAUUCUAGUACCAAUUUAUUUUUUAUGCAGAAUUACUGCACAGGGUAUGAGCCUGGUGAGGAACUUUUUCAGCGUAGCCAUAGGCUACCAACUCAUAACAAUUUGGAAGCAAAAAUUGGUUAUCAGGAUUUUGAAUGGAACUGACUUAAUUCCAAUGCACAGCAAUCUGUAGGACACUGGUGUCUUAAUAAUAGGAUGUUUUUGUUAAAAAAAAAAAAAAACAAAACAAAAACAAACAAACCCCAAACACCACACAACAGUUUUCAAGCUUUAUGAAAAUCAAGAUACUGAUCUAUUGCAACAAACAUUCAAAAUGGAGUAAAACAAUGAAAAAUAAAGCACUUCCAGGUAAUCUAGAAAGAACAAUGACUAAGUAAGUUUAUAUUCAUGGACAUAACCUGGAUCAUCAACAAGACAGUUACACUUAUUUGCUUUAAAAGUAAAAACAGUUCCAGUCAGUCUUGGAACAGUCUUCUGCAAACACUCAAGUUCAGAGCAUAAUUUUGCCAGUGUGGCUAUAGUUGGAUAAAACAUAACCUUGGUUUAAUUGCUAUUGAUCUUAGGGAAGAUUUACAGCAGAAGUUUUCUGGUAUAUCUAAACCUAAGUAAUAACUAAUUCCUAGAACAGAGGCUGUGGUUAAGUUGUUUAACAGUCUCCAUGGGGUUUUCCUUUUUCCUGCAAGAACACUGCAUUAUUUUUCCAUGUAUUUCCUGUAAAGAGUACUCUCAGAAUUAAAGGGAGGGUGGUAGCAACGUCUGCUUUUCAUUUUACAUACAUAUAUAGGGACAAGCUAUAAGGGAUACUUUUUGCCAGGUGGUUUUUUUAAUAUAUUUGAAGCUCUAAUAUUAAAAAAAAAAAAAAAAAAAAGAAGUAUUUUCUUCUCUGACCAUGUACUUAUAUUAGUUUAGCCAACUCACAGCUAAAAUUACUCCAAAGUGCUUUUCUUGGAACAACACUUUCAAAGAAUAAAAUACAAACAGGAACAUUCUCUGUUUUGUGACUACUUACAUGUAUGCACCAUGUUAGUUUCAGCUUGCAUGCUCUUGAAAAAAUGUAAGUAAGUUCUAAUAUUUUUAAGCAUUUUGAAGCCUGUAAUUUGGCAGAUCCUUAGAGGAGGUGAAACAUUCGACGUAAUGAAAGGGAAAGCUGUUUUUCAAUUGAGAGAGAAACUUGGUUCUGCAAAGUAUGGGAUAUUCUCAUGAUAGAAGGAUUAUUUUUAGCCAGAGCCCCUUUUAGCAAUUUUAGCAAUUCUGUUGAACUGAACAGUGAAAUGCUCCCUGCUAGGUUUUGCAGCAUAAUGAGCUGGUUUUCAGAAGGGGGGUGGGGGUGACGGGGGGGCGGGGGGGUAGGGUGGAGGAAAAAAAAAAAAAGAAAAAAAAGAGAGCUGGAAGUUUGGCAAGGAUAAUCUCUAUUUAUAUUUGCAUAUAAAGAGAGGCGAGUCUCACUGUUGUUGUGUUCACAUUGUACUCACUGCUAACUCCGUGUAAUUUGAGUGCUUGUUGUCUUUGUACAAUUUUAAGGUUGUGUCUAACUUUCAAAAUAAAUUUUUUUUAAAAAAAGCUUCUCACCGUACUAAUGCUAUUAGAGUUUAGUCUCUUUUGGGCUAGUGAAGAUGCUUUAUUUUUCGCUUGGUGGUAGGGAUGUUUUGCUGAUGGUAAGUGGCCACAGAAGUGGUUUUAUUUAAGCAAGUGAGGAACUUAUGAUUAGAUACUAGGGUGAGGCUGAAAAUACCUGGGUCCUGCAGUGCCACAAGACUUCCUGUUAGAACAGCAAGGCCAGAGUAAGUGAUUUAAGUUUUUAUAUUAAAAUAUUAUUGGAAGAGAAAUACUUUACUUUGUAAAGUUUUCACUUGGUAAUGGAAAAAUGGUCCUUUUUAAAAAAAUAAAGGAAUUCCUUUUUUAUAGAAUUUAUGCACGAUCUCUUAUUUUGCCAAGAAAGCGGGUAAAGAACAUGUGGUAGUUCACAUACAAUGGUAAUGUAAGGUAGUAGAAAUGGAUGGUGACAGGAAAAAUUAAAGACUCUACAUUCUGUUGUUGUAGCUUAAGGUAACAUCAAACUAUAUGUUGAAGCAGUUUGUUGAUUUAUCUGUACAAUCACUGAAGUCUAUUUCAGGACUGGUUAUACAGAACCCCUGUAUCCUGUCAACUGUGUGACUUUUCGUUGUGACAGAAAUUCCCCAAUUAUGUCUUCUGUUGCAAGUGGACACCGAGUGAAAUAAUUAUCAUGCAUUUUGACACUGCAGUAAACAAUUUGUUGGUAUAGGAUCUUGCAGCUGCCUAAGAUUUCAGGUCUUUUCAGGAAGGGCUUCUGCAAUGUAGAAGAAUCAGGUCUUUCCAAACUAUCUGCAAAAAGGUCACAGUUUGAUCUCUGUCUCCCUUAGGGACGUCAUGAAAAUUGAGCAAAUAAUAUCAGCCCAUCAGAAUUAUCAAGUGUAGGUUUGAUUGUUUACACAUUCCUUUUCCUGAAGUCUCAUCUGACUUGACAUCUCAUGAUGGAUCAGUGAUAAAUUUGUGCAACUUCUUGACUCAUGAAUUUAUUAAUCAUUACUUUCUCAUUUUCAGUCAUUUUCAGGUCACUGCACGUUAAGAUCAAGUUGCUUUUUGUUGCCCUUAUAUCAAAUGGAAAAGCAGAAUAGAAAUAAACAUACACUUUCGUAAA